AUGGCUAGAUCCAUGGCCUCAAAUAAGCUGGUUUGUGUUUUGGUCAUGUGCAUGGUGUUGGGUGCACCUCUAGCUCAUGCAGCCGUAUCCUGUGCUCAGGUCUUCACCGACUUGUCAUCAUGCAUAAGCUACGCGAAAGGUGGUGGAGCUUUGACUGCAUCCUGUUGCAAUGGGGUCAGGGCAUUGAAUUCUGCUGCGAAGACCACACCUGACCGGCAGCAGUCUUGUGGCUGCAUAAAAUCACUUGCCGGCAGCGUCCCUGGAAUCAACUAUGGUGUCGUAGCUGGGAUACCAGCCAAGUGCGAUGAACGGUCGAGAAGACUCCAUCUGUUGCCUCCAUCAAUUGUUGGGCAAUCAUGA